AGGGAACAUCUAUGCUGCGAUCAGACAGCAGGGGCUGGCCCUGCCAGCUGAUCUGGGCUGGGGCUGAGCGACUUUUAAUAGUUCGCCCUUGGGCAGCAACAGCCUGAACCCUGGGAUCCUCUGCCUCAGAGACGGCUUCCUGACAUCAUGGGGAGCCGAGGUCAGGCCGUGAAAUCUGUGCCUGGGUGUGUGUGGAGGACCCUCCGCCCAUGACCCGCUGCGGGGCGGAGGGCGGCGAUGGAAAGUGCGUGGGGGAACGCGGAGAGCUGCUCGAGUCCAAAGGGACGCUGCUCGCCUCCAAGAGGCCUUGCUGAGGCGCAAACGCCGCCAACUGGCUGGCGAGCGCAGGAACUGGAGAGCAGCCAUAUCCCCUCCCACCUUGAGCGGCGGCAACCCCUAACCAGCCAGCUCCUCCCUUCAACGGCCGCAGCGCUCGCGCGCGCACGUCACGCCCUUUGUUGUGCAGACAGAGUCGAGUGGGUGGACGUAGAGGCGACGGGUGCGCGCUCGCACUUCCCCUCGCGCACGGCUGUGUAGCGGCGCUUGCGUAAGGGGCGUUGACGGUUAACGGCCGCCGCGCCGCGGGAGAAUUCGAAACGGGGAGAGCGAGCGCAGAGCGGCUCGGGCCGAUCUUCACAAAUUAAGCACCUUUGGAAAAAUAAAUCAUGACAAGACGUGAAGCAUUUCUACAAGUUGUAUCUACAGAUACUGUUGAAGAGUUUGUGCAUUAUUUGCAGCUUCAUAAAGAUCCAUUUGAUCCAUUUGAUCUGAAUGAAUUGCUUCAGGAAUUACCAAGAAAACAGAAGGAAGUAUUAUGGGAGAGGCUGACGCAUCUAUUAACACAAAUUUUGGUAGAGAACCCAGUGGAAGGAUGGCGGAGGAUUGAAGAUGAAAGUGAUGAUGAUAUGGAAAUAGAGGAAAGUCCCAAAAUGAAACAAAUGACAGCUGUGAUCCAAGGGGUGACAACUGUAGUUACUGCUUCGAUACCUGUAGUAGAUGAAAAUAUAAACUACAAAGCUCUUCUAGAAUGUGCUCUAAUAUUAAAUGGUAUUUUUUAUGCAUUAUCUGAAUCUGAAAAAGUCCUGCAGGGUGCCAUCCAGCAAUUAUGUGGUAUGUGGUGGGAGAAAGGACUGGAAGGAAAAGAACAACUGGGGAAAACAGCUUUUAUUAUGCUGCUAAGAAAAAGUCUGAAGAGCAAAACUGUUUUGGGUGCAGAUAUAGUUCGUCUAUGGCAUCUACACCAGAUGUUACUGUGUUUUGAUUAUGACCUUGAGGAGAGUUACGAAGUAAAAGAUUUGUUGCUUCAGUGCUUUAUGAGUGUUAACCAUAUAAAAAAAGAAGAGGGAAGAAGAUUCCUAAGCUUUCUGUUGAGCUGGAAUGUAAACUUCAUUAAAAUGAUCCAUGGGACUAUUAAAAACCAGUUGCAGUGUUUUUCAAAAUCUCUGAUGGCAUAUGUUGCAGAAAUCUAUUUCAGGGCUUGGAAGAAGGCUUCAGGAGAGAUCUUAGAGAUUCUUGAGCAUAAUUGCAUUCAGGAUUUCAUGCAUCAUGGAAUUAAUCUUCCUAGGAGUUCUCCAGUGCAUCCUAAAGUGAGAGAGUUACUGAGUUACUUUCACAAACAAAGUAAAGUUCGUCAGGGAGUUGAAGAAAUGCUGCACAGAUUGUAUCAACCUAUCCUUUGGAGAGCAUUAAAGGCCAGAAACUCAGAAGUUCGAUCAAAUGCAGCAUUAUUGUUUGUUGAAGCAUUUCCUAUUCGUGAUCCCCAUUUUAAUAAUGAGGCUAUGGAUAAUGAAAUUCAGAAACAGUUUGAAGAACUUUUCAGUCUUUUAGAAGAUCCUCACCCAUUGGUCCGCUCUACAGGGGUACUUGGUGUUAGUAAAAUAACAUCCAAAUACUGGGACAUGAUUCCUGCCACCAUCCUUGCUGAGCUUUUAAAAAAAUUAAUUGGAGAUCUGGCUUUUGAUGUAACUUCAGCUGAUGUUCGCUGUUCUGUUUUUAAGUGUCUGCCUAUAAUUUUGGACAACAAACUAAGCCACCCAUUACUGGAACAGCUCCUGCCGACAGUAAAAUACAGUCUCCAUGACAAUUCUGAGAAAGUGCGAGUGGCUUUUGUCGAUAUGCUGCUGAAAAUUAAGGCUGUCAGGGCUGCUAAGUUCUGGAAAAUUUGUCCCAUGGAGCAUCUUCUGACUCGUCUUGAAGUUGAUUCACGUCCUGUGUCACGCCGCUUAGUAAAUCUCCUAUUCAACUCUUUCUUGCCUGUUAAUCAACCUGAGGAGGUAUGGUGUGAACGCUGUGUUACACUAAUCCAGAUGAAUCCAGCAGCAGCCAGAAAGUUCUAUCAGUAUGCUUAUGAGUAUACUGCUCCCACCAACAUAGCUAAAUUCAUGCUCACUAUUCGGCGCUGCUUGAAUGCCUGCAUCCAGAGAGCAAUAAAAGAAAAUAAAGAUGAUGAAGAUGAAGAAGAAGAAAGUGAAAAGGAGAAUAUAAGUAUGCUAAAUAAUGUGUUGUCAAUAAACGAUGUGGCUUCCAUGGCAAGUUUACUGGAGAUUACUGUAAUUCUCUGGAGAAGUAUUCACAAAGCACUGGAUCACAAUGAAGAAGCCAAAGGUUACACAAUCAGAAAGUUUGCCUCUGUACUGCCGGAAUAUUUUAAAGCUUUUAAGGAUGAUCGUUGCAUGAUUCCAUUAGUUAUUCUGGCAUCUUUCAUGCCAGCUUCUGCUAUUCCUACAUUCAGCUGUGGUGUGAUCUCUAAAUUGAGGAAUCUUGAGAAGGGAGCUGAUGAAAAUAAAUACUCCACCCUGAUAGACUGCUUGUGUCGCUGGGGACAAGUGGGACACAUUAUGGAGUUAAUCUGUGAUUGGAUGUCCAGUGAGAUGACGCCAAGAAAGAGCAAUACAGCAUCUGAGCGGCGAGUACGUAUCCAAGUAACAAAUGAGUCAAAACCAGAAUUAGCACUUGAUUAUCUAGAAUAUUUAUUAACUCAUUCCAUGAAUCGGGAUUGCCUGCUAUCUGUCCCCGGAAAGAAAUUGAACCAGCUUUUGAAAGUACUUGGAGCUGCAAAGGAGAUGCUUGGCUCGAUUAUGAAAGCAACUGGUGCAGGGUCUCAUAGCUUCAAUCAAGCAACUGCCAUAAGAGCCUUCACCCUCUACUGCAGAUUAAGUAUUCAUCUUCAGCACAAGGUAUUGUUUUUUAAGGAGGUAUUCGUGAGGGAAAAAGACCAUUAUCAAGCUCUGUUUUUAUUAUUGUUUGUUUUUCUUGCACAGUUUUCUUCUGAAGGAAAAGUUUACCUUUCACAUUUGAAGGAGACAGGUGCUUGGAUAGAAAGUCAUGUUCUACCUUCUAUUCUAAUGCAUGAACAGGAGGAGAAUGUUCUAGAGCAGUACACUGAAGUUUCUCAGCUAAUCAUCCAGGCAUAUCUGAAAGUGUGUAAGGAUGCUAUAAUGGUUGGCCUUGGAGAUUCAGAGUUUCAAGCACACCUUUUAGAUGUUACUCUUUCAAUUAUGCAAACAGAAAGAAGCUGCUUUUGUAUUCCUACAUUACUUUGUGUUCUAAAAGAGAUUAUUGAAGCUUCUUUGACUCAAAACAUUGAUACAGAUGAAGAAGUGGCAACAUUUCUCCAUGCUGUUCAGGCUCUGUUCCAGAAAAUUUUAGAAUGUGUGGCACGCAGGCUCAGAAAACAGCGGGAAGAAGGGCUUCAGUUGAUUCAUUCUAUUCAAAUGGCUCUUGGAGAAUUCAUACACACAGUCCAGUGCUGGCAUUCAUCUUGUCCAACAGUUCACCAUGGUGUACUCUCUACUCUCCUAGCUGCAGUAGUGGUUGAGAUAAGUCACACACUGCGAAAGGCUUCAAAUGCAGAAGAACUUGCACCACCAGAGUCCAUUGCAGACCUUCCUCCACUUUCAGGCAGUUUAAUGGCAAUGAUAAUUAAGUCAAUAAAUGUGGUCAGGUCAUUUUUAAAUGAAUUAAUGGAAUGCAUUGUCUGUGAAGAAAUUGAAGGAAUUAUUAGUCUUACAGCUGCUGUGUACAUAGUUGUUAUAAUCAAAGGUAAGCACAAAACUUCACUUGUUAAGGAUAUUGCGCAUGCCCUUCAAAAGAAGCUGAUGACAUGCAGGGAAGUUGCCACGGCAGAAUCUAGCAGCAUUGAAAGAACCGUAUAUGAAUCAUCGAUGAAAAUUUUGGAUGACAUCUUGAAUCCUUGACUGUACCACUGCCUUCAAGUCAUGAAAAGUAGAAAGAAGGAAGAUGUAUUGUUUUUUAUAAAGCAAAGGAAUAUGUUACCUUGAAAAACAUAUUUAAUAUAAUAGUGAAUUGUACCUUAUUGGAAUGCUUGUAUUAUGCUAGCUUAUGCUUUGUACAUACAUACAUAACUGAAAGUCUUAGCAAGCAAAUGAAUAACUUUUAAAAACAAAUCAGUUUUAUAUUCCUUUCAUAUUUAAAACAAUUGUGCAGAAACUUUUAAAGUAUGCAGAAAUGUUUUGUACAUACAUAGAUAAUGUAUUAUUAAAGAUUUUGGAAUGGCUAUGAGGAAGCUAUAUUGUAGGUAUAUUCCAAGUAUUUCAUGUGAAAUAAAAUCAAUACCUUUUAUAUAUUUUUUUUAAAAAAGAGAAUUAAUAAAAUGACUGAACUAUC